AUUUAUAAAGCUUAAUUCGUAGUCAUCUGUCACAGAAGGGCUCUGAUGGUUCCUAACGUGAGUGAGGUUUCGUCGUGAAAAAAAUGAGUCGGCAAUGGAUCAGGGGACUGACCACGACUGGAGUCAUCUUACUCAUAAUCAGCAUCACAUCAUGCCAGUCACGAAAAUGUAUGUCAUUCGAUGGCCAACGUGGCUCACCAGAUAGUUCCUACGACGGGGUGGAUUUUGACAGUGAUCCGACUCUACCUCGCGCGUUCAGGAACGUAGGGUUUGUCAAUGAAGACGUGUCGACUUUUAGGUUUUAUAGUACAUGCAAUAUGAGACUGAGGAAAUUGUCCCUCCGAAUGGGUCCCAACACAGAAUGUUUAGUAUCCGCUAUCAUAAGAAGAAGUAGACUGAGGGUAGCCAGGACAACAAUGUCUACCAUCCACCGCUGCUUGUCGAGCACUUUCUGCGACAAAGUCAUAGAUUUUUGGAAUCUAGGAACGCCCCAGGUUGACAUGAGAGUGCCACCUGUGCUCGAGGUGACGGGCAGAACGAUAGGUCUGCGUGGUGCGUACAAUUGCACUGUUCUCACAUCUGGCUCCGGCAAAACACUUUGGACACUAAAUUUGCGUUUUUGGGAAGAUACGCCACCUCCGAUUUUCACCACGGCAAGCGCACCACCCAGUAAACCGUCGUACAUAAUGACGUCCAUUCCGGAUACGGAGACUCGGACACCGAGCGCAAAGAGAUAUUAUAGUUCUUCCCAUUCACCGAUGACGACCAACUCGCCAUGGUUGCCGACAUCAUUCAGAGUUACCUCUCCCCUGCAAUACAAAUCCACAGCCAAGCCAUUAGUAUCAGUUUCGUUGACUGCGUACACGGCUUCGCAAUUGAAAAGAACAGAUGUGGACCUGGCGUCACUCACUCCAACUACAAGGAAGUACAUGCGUAGUUCGCUCCCCGUUUCAGAGUCGCGAGUGUGGGGAACAAUAGUUCCCAGAUCAAGUUUCACAGUUCACAAAGAGACUGGAGACUCAAAGUCAACGCCGUCUGCACUUGAUGCUGCAGUAAUAGCUGGCGUGGCUACAUCACUUCUAAUAGUGAUUGCUCUGGUUAUUAUCGUCUUCCGAUAUCGUGUAUUGAUUGCCGAGUUCACUGGCAGGAGAAACAAAACUGAUGGUCCGGAAAAUGAUGAACGCUUGCCUACUCAGUCUGAUAUUGAAGUCACACGUGCUUCAAGCAAUGUCCCGAUGUACCAGAGCGUUGCUUAUGUGACAUCCACUAGCGCCUCAUCAGGUUUAACAACCAACGAGGCAUAUGGUGCAGCUAACCUUCAGGGAAGCGAGAAUCUGUAUACCUACAUUCAAUGACGUACAGUCUAUUCCGUAGCACCUAGCCCGUUUCCAAAGCACAUUUUUUGGAUUUAACUGUUUUAGUCCUAUUACACAUCCAAUGACUUUGUAAAUAAUUUAACACUAUCUGUUAAAGCUCUCGCUGGAAUAAUUAUAUGUUCUUGUGUUAUUACAGUAAUCUUGUGUUUGGAAUGAUAUUCUUGGCUUGUGAGAAGCUUGCUGUGUUCUCGGGUUAAGACAGGUGUGGUAGUUUGAUGUUCUCAGGCUUUGAAAUUCACAAUACGUCGUGGAGGUCCGAGAGGCCAAUCACUCUUAGCUGACGAGACAGAAGUAGCCAGCUGAACGUCUUUAGUCUUGAAACCAUACAUAAUUUCAAGGCAAGUCAAUCAUUGUUGAUAUUUUAGAAAUCUUU